GUAGUGAGACGACUAUAUAGUGACAAUAUGCCGCAGGUAUUUUGAUUUUUUUUCCGUCUUCUUUUCCCUCUCGAUACUAUUAAUACAUGGAUAACUUUGCUUCUUAUACACACGGUAGCCCGAGCAUGUUUUACUUUUAGAUGCAGAACAUUUUUUCUACCAAUAUAAAUGUGUUGAUGGAGGGAAGGGGGCAGCCUUUCGGGAAUUGCCCGCUUUCUUUCAUCACGUACUUACAUGCAUGCACGGUCUUUGAUUGAAGUAUCACCUUCAAUCAGUAUACUUAAGCGUCCCCCAUUUUUUGACCAGAGCAUUCAAAUAUUACAUGUGUAAAUCCUUCCCAGUGGUGUAUUUAUGGCCUAAUUAAGGGGGGGGCACAUGGAUUCCCAAUGGAUGGGGUGCAGGGGAAAGCCCCCUAGAAGCUAAGAGCUUUUAGCAAUUUUAACAACAGAUUCUUGGGCCGCCAUAUAUUGUCACUUUUAGUAAACACUGUUGGGGGGUGCCCCCUUGCCCCCACCAUUUACUAUGCCGUAUGUUCAACAUCCAUCCAUGUAAACUCAGAUCAUGCCGUGCAUUUUGGCUUCAAUUUACUAUACGCUUCGAGUUUGACCCCAGUAUAUUACUCUUUCUUUUCUUAGCAUCCAAGACCAAAGAAAUCACGGAAGCGAUUUCAACAACAAACCCUUUUUCACUUUGGUCUAGCACAAUCUAGUGUCGGUGUUAAACGAGCGAGAGCGUGUUCAGGAGGUGAAGGUGCGUUUUGAAGCUAAAAUCAUUUUGCUAGAGGGCAAGUUCAAGGUUAUUUCUAGGCUGGCGAAAGUUAAUUUCUGAACAAAAUUGACGUUAGAAAAUGCAAAACUAUUCUUGUCCCAUGUGUAAAGAUGGAUAAUGAUUAUUGCAGAUAAUAAGAAUUUAUGAUUUUUUUUAUUUUUGAUUUAAAUGAAGAAACUGUAUAAUAAAUAGCAUUUAAAUACACAGGUCUAGAAAUUGAAGUUGUGGAAAAUGUGUUUAUCGUCCUGAUGUCAUGUCCCCUGUGUAACGCCUGCAAAAUAGCUUAACUUACCCUUUAUAAUAUUUGAAGUAAGAUGAAUUAAUAACCAUCCGAAAUACACUAACGCUUUAUUAUACUUACAAAGUUACUCUAACAAUGUGAGCUUGCUGAAUUUUAUCAUUAAUUGUGGACAUUUAUUUAAUCCAUCCAUAUAUGAUCUACCAAUCAAUUGUACAGAUGCAAAAUUGACAUGUGCUCUAAGAGUUUCUGCUUUGGAGUUGAAUCGGAGAAAUACAGAAUACCAAAUUUUCAAACAACGCUUGCUGCAAAACAUGGAUGCCGUCAACAUGGUCCUACGACGGGAUGUGCCGGGCGAUGGAAACUGCUUUUUCCACUGUGUACUGGAUCAAAUGGGUCGACCUGGGAUGGAAUGUGGACCUAAGCGCAGAACGGCUUCAAACUUGAGAGCGGAUGUCGUAUCCUUUCUAGCUAACGUGGAUGAAAAUGACCCACUAAAACCUCAUGUCACCGAAAGGUUUUUGUCUGAAUCGAAGAAGGAUGGGAUUUGGGCUGACCACGUUAUCAUCCAGGCAAUGGCGAGAAUGCUCCACAGGGACAUAUGGGUGGUUACCAGUAGUGAGUCCAUGACUGAAAGGGGGAACCUCAUCGAGAAGAUUCAAAGUGGAUACCAAGGACAAGGAGACCCAAUGCUUUUGGGUCAUCUUGGCCAACUUCAUUAUUGGAGUUUAGAACCAAAGUUGAUGCCAGUGAGUGCAAAUAACUCUCCAUCACCAUCUCCGUCGUCUGUGACCACACCACCAGCUCCGCCACCUGUGACCACACCACCAGCUCCGCCAUCUCCGAUCCCACCACCAGCUCCGCCAUCUCUGCCACCUGUGACCACACCACCAGCUCCGCCAUCUCCGCCACCUGUGACCACACCACCAGCUCCGCCAUCUCCGAUCCCACCACCAGCUCCGCCAUCUCCGCCACCUGUGACCACACCACCAGCUCCCCCAUCUCCGAUCACACCACCAGCUCCGCCAUCUCCGAUCCCACCACCAGUUCCGCCAUCUCCGCCACCUGUGACCACACCACCAGCUCCCCCAUCUCCGAUCCCACCACCAGCUCCGUCAUCUCCAAUUCCACCACCAGCUCCGCUAUCUCCGCCACCUGUGACCACACCAUCAGCUCCGCCAUCUCCGAUCACACCACCAGCUCCGCCAUCUCCGCCACCUGUUACUACACAACCAGCCCCGCCACGUCCACCGCAUGUGACCCCACUACCCGCUCCGUUUGAAAAUGAUAUUGGUUUGUUCAUCGGCAAAAGAAGGGUAAGUUCAUCUAAAAUACUGCUUAAUUUAUUUGAAGGAUAAAGUAUGCU